AUGGGCCACUCACGAACACGCUACAACCAGAAGGGCCGCGCAAUCGGGCGCGAAAAGGGCAAGAAGCGGGCGAGGACAGUCGGCGAGGGAGAUGAACCGCAAGACGACUCGAACGCGCUCGUGAUUGACCCACUGCAGAGGAAGAGGAAGAGGGACGAGCUCCUCAACUCCGCCCCCGGCACAUCCGACCACGAGCCCAAGAUGUCCGCGAAGAAGAAGAAGCGACUCGACGCCUUUAUCGAGCGCAAACUCAAGAAGGAGCAGCGGAAAGACUUGAUUGCCUCGCUUGCCCAAACCCAAACCCAGUCCCUGAAUUUCACCUCCUCCUCCUCCCUCGGCUCUCGCCAAUUCCUCUCGCAAGCCUCGAAACUCUCGCACGCAUCAGCAGUCGAACAAUCCCGGCGCGAUAGGGCGCAGAAGAUCCUCCAGCGCGCCAAUGCGGGCCGACUUCAUCUGAGCGAUGAGGAAGAGGAGGAGGAGGUGAGGGAUGAGCGGGGGGAAGAGGAGGAGAGAGAGUUGGAGAGGGAGUUUGUCAAGCCUCAACAGGCUCUCGCCAUGACGACUGCCACAACCGCCUCAGCUAAAAAGCACACUCAGCCUUUCAACCCUUCUGGCGCAGUCGGAGUCGUCGAAUCCCCUUCGCAGCCGGUCGCUUCCACCUCUUCCACCUCCUUCACGCCCGCCCAAGCGCCGGCGGUUGGCUCCGCGCUGGCGUCGAGCGCGACUGUGACGGUUGUGAGGAGGAAACCGAAGGAAAAGGGACGGAUGAGGGCGCUUGUUGCGAAGGCCAAGAUCAAGGGCAAAGGCAAGGGGAAGCAGGAGGUGGUGGAGGAGGAGGAGGAAAGCAGCGAGUUCGACAGCUCGGAGGAGUCGGAGGGCGAAGGAGAGGAGGAGGGAGACGUGGAUGUGCAAGAGGAGGAGGAGGAGGAGGAGUGGGGCGGGAUCGAGGUUGAUGGGGAGGGUGAGGGGCGGGAUGCGGAGAGUGGAGCGGCGGCGGAGGGCUCGGAUUCGGGAGAGGACGGCGAGGACGACGAGGAAGAGGAGGCGGAGAGCGAGGAAGAGCAGGAUGGCGUACGGCGACCACCGCGAGAACGGGGUUCAUUCCGGGCCUGGGCAGACGCGCAGGUCCUCGCCGCCGCCGGGCUCGACUCGACGACCUCGACGACGGCAGCUUCCGACGACGGGACGUACAAGCCGCUUCUGCCCGCCGGCUCAGGCGUCGCGCCCGCUCCUCUGCCCGAGGGAACGACCGGACCCCUCGGCGCUCCCCUUCCCGCCUCCGACCUCCCAACCCUCCCUCCGCAACGCACGAUCCACGUCCCCGUCACUCGCAUGCCCGAGAUCGAAGCCCAACGAGCAGAGUUGCCGGUCGUCAAGGAGGAAGAUCGCGUCAUGGCCGCGAUUCGCGGGAACGCGGUCGUGGUGAUUUGUGGAGAGACUGGGUCGGGGAAGACGACGCAGAUUGGACAGUUUUUGUGGGAGGCUGGAUUUGGAGAUUCGAAGAGCGAUAACCCCGGCAUGGUCGCCAUCACUCAGCCGCGGCGAGUCGCCGCGCUCUCUACCUCCGCCCGCGUCCGCACCGAACUCAACCUCGCCCCAACCUCCUCCCUCGUCGCGCACCGGAUCCGCUACUCCUCCACCACCUCGCCCGACACCAAGCUCCUCUUCAUGACCGACGGUGUUCUGCUACGCGAACUCGCGGCCGAUUUCCUGUUGAGCAAGUAUAGUGUGGUCGUGGUGGACGAGGCGCAUGAGAGGGGCGUCAAUACGGAUGUCUUGAUUGGUGUGUUAAGUCGGGUGGCGAAGCUGAGGGAGAAGCAGUGGAAGGCGGGAAAGGACAGUGCGAAGCCCCUCCGCCUCAUCAUCAUGUCCGCCACCCUCCGCGUCGCCGACUUUGCCGAGAACCCUACUCUCUUCGCCCAGCCCCCUCCAGUCCUACACAUCACAGCGCGCCAGCACCCCGUCACGCUGCACUUCGCCCGCCGAACAGCACACGACUACCUCGAGCAAGCCUACAAGAAAGUCGCGCGCAUCCAUGCCCGUCUUCCGCCUGGUGGCGUGCUCGUCUUCUGUACGGGGCAGAACGAGAUCGUUAGUUUGGUCAAGCGGUUGGAGAAGAAGUUUGGGCCGAGGGCGGUGUUGGCGAGGAAGGAGCGGGUGAAGCGUGCGGCUAUGAAGGGUGCGAGAGGUCACGGUGAUGGCGACGAGGACGAGGAGGCGGAGCGAGAGGUGGAGGACUUGAAGCUGCGAGGCGGGAAGGUCGAGAUCGGCGAUGACCUCGAGGCGGAGGAAGUCGACCUCGGCGAAGGGCGCGACCUCGCUGCCGACGUCGACGACGGCGUCUACGAUGUCGACGAGGAAGACGACGAGGCGCUCGAGUCGGACAUUGACGGGGACGACGAGACGUUCAAGGGUAUCGACAUGGAGGAAGACACGGAUGAACCGAUGCACAUUCUCCCGCUCUACUCGCUCCUCUCGACCGAGAAGCAGAUGAAGGUCUUCCAGCCGCCGCCCGAAAGCCACCGGCUUGUCGUUGUCGCGACCAACGUCGCGGAGACGGCCAUCACGAUCCCGAACAUCAAAUAUGUUGUCGACACUGGCCGUGCGAAGGAGCGCAAGUAUGACCACGCGAGCGGUAUCCAGUCGUUCGAGGUCGACUGGAUUUCGAAGGCUUCGGCUGCGCAGCGCGCCGGUCGUGCGGGUCGUACUGGCCCCGGCCACUGCUACCGGCUCUAUUCGUCGGCCGUCUUCGAGCAGCACUUUGACCAGUUCGCCAAGCCCGAAAUCCUGCGCAUGCCGAUCGAGGGCAUCGUCCUCACGAUGAAGAGCAUGAACAUCGACGCCGUCGCCAACUUCCCCUUCCCGACACCACCCGACCGCGACGCCCUCCGACGAGCCGAGAAGACGCUCGUGCACCUCGGCGCCCUCGAACCUGCCGAAGUCGAUUCGAAGGUCGGAGGCAAGAUCACGCCUCUCGGACGGUCGAUGGCGCUCUUCCCGCUCUCCCCUCGUUUCUCGAAGAUGAUUGUCGCGGGCCAGCAGCACGGCUGCUUGCCGUACGUCAUCGCCAUCGUCUGCGCCCUUUCGGUCGGAGACCCCUUCAUCCGCGAGGCGAAUCUUGGCGACGACGAAGAGUCGGCUGAUGCGGUGGACGAACCGGAAAAGACCCUGACUCGGGCGGAGAUUGCGCACAUUCGGGAUCCGGAGAUCAAGGCGAAGGAGGAACGCAAGCUCCUCCGCAAGGCCUUCUUCCAGGUCCAGCAGCGCUAUGCGGCUCUCGGCAAGGACACGAGCGACGUCUUCAAGCUUCUGAGCGUCGUCGGCGCGUACGAGUAUGAAGGCGGGUGCGAGUCGUUCUGCGAGGCCAACUUUGUGCGGACCAAGGCGAUGGAAGAGAUCCACAAGCUUCGCGCCCAGAUCAGCCGCAUCGUUUCGUCGACUUUCCCCGGCACCGACGCCGGCUUCGUCCCUAAGCUUCCGCCGCCGAACGAGACGCAGCUCAAGGUCCUCCGCCAACUCCUGACGGCCGCCUUCAUCGACCAAGUCGCCAUCAGGAAAGACAUAGCCGACAAGUCGAGCAGUCUCUCAUACGCCAAGGUCCCCUCGACACGCGGCGUCCCCUACCGCGCCUUCGGCCUCGAGGAAGACCUCUUCAUCCACCCCUCCUCGAACCUCUUCCACGGCCCGCCUCCCGAGUUUAUCGUCUUCAACGAACUCCACCGGACGCACAAGGUUUGGCUGAAGACCAUCACGAAGGUCAACCCUGCCUGGCUUCCUGUCCUCGGCCGGCCCAUGUGCACGUUCAGCAAACCGAUUGAGACGCCCGCACAGGCCAUUGCCGCGAAGGCUGCCUCUUCAGCUUUGUCAGGCGACACUCGACAGAUUUUCGUUAUUCCUCGGUUCGGACCAGGCGUCGGCGUCGAGCUGAAGCCGAUACAGAUGACGCAGAAGCUCGUCAACGGACGUUGGCUGUUGCAGUAG